UGUCUUUGGCGCUUAUCAGAGAGGCUGCAGAGAGUCGCAGUUAUACAAGCAGACGGGAGGAACGCGGUUACAGAACAGAAUACAGAGCACCAUGAGCGACCAACGAUAUCCAGUCAUUAUCAGGCUCAUUGGAGUGAUGCACAAAACAAAGAGCAAAAUGUUUAUGACGUCCGUGCUGUGGUCAGACGACAGUGACAUCAUUGUUUACAGAUCGUUCCAAGAUUUCAAGAAACUGCACAAACAGCUGAAAAAAAGAUUCCCAACUGAAAGAACAAUUGGCAAAUCCGAGAGAAUGAUCCCCAAAUUCAGAGCCGUCACAGUACAGAAGAAAAAAAAAGGGCCCAGCAAAUCGAUGGUUCGCCUGAAUUUUUUGGAAAAGUACUUCAGCCAGCUGUUAAAAUGCGAACCCCGGGUUACCCAGUGCACAGAGAUCUCCCAGUUCUUCCACCCAACACCCCAGGAUUUGCAGCCAGAUAUCGGGAAGGACAGCAUUGUGGUCAUGCCGUCAGAAGACCUCAGAGAUGGCGGAGACCACCCGGGCAAUGGCGUGGGCAAUGUGAGCCAACCCUUUGUGACUGAAACCUACCGAUGUGUAGCCCCCUACGAGACCAAGGACACAAAGAAUCGACCCUUUAAGGUUGCCCUAAACGAGACGGUGGAUGUGCUCAUCAAAGACAAAGCUGGCUGGUGGCUGGUGGAAAAUGAGAACAAAUGCAUGGCCUGGUUCCCUGCACCCUACCUGGAGAAGUGCGAGGGCGAGGAUGAGGAAGGCGAGGAAGAUGAGCGCAGUGUGACACCAGAGGAAGGCAUGCUGUACCAUGCGGUGAAGAACUUCAAAGCCACCAAAGCGGAUGAGGCCUCGGUGAGCAUCGGCACUGUGGUGGAGGUGCUGCAGAAGUCGGACAACGGCUGGUGGCUCAUCCGGUGUAAGGGAAAGGUGGGGUACGUGCCCUCCAUGUACCUGCGGCCCUACUCCAACCCGGUGCGCUUCGCAGCCAUGCAGAACCAGAGGAGGGGCUCCAACCUCAACCAGGCACUGCAGGUGCCGGGAGCCGCGGCGCCGCUCUCCAGCCACGGCAGGAAGCUCAGCCGCUCCCACGGCAACCUGCUGUCGCCCGGCGACUACCAGCCCGGCGGCAUGCGCGAGUCCCUGUCCCUGGAGCAGCUGGCCGACCCCCACCCCCGCCCGCACUCCACCCAGCCCCCCCGCCUGCGCGACUCCCUGUCCCUGGAGCGGCUGGCCGACCCCCACCCCCGGCCGCACUCGGCCCAGCCCACGAUCCGGGUGGAGCCCCCCGAGGAGCAGCAGCAGGAGGGCAGGCUGGGGGACAGGCAGAGCAGCCUGAGCAGCGAGUGGAGCAGCGAGGGCAGCAGCGAGCUGAGCUUCAGCGACGACUCGUCCGCCCCCGACGUGCACAGCGUCAGCCUGCCCGUGUCCUCCUGGCAGGCGCGCCGACCCUUGACCCCGCAGCUCGCCGUCGCCCCCGACGACCGCCUGACCUCCAGCAGGUCUGACCCGGACCUCUUCAAAAGCGCCAGCACCCCCAAGGUGCCCCCGCGGCCUCACGCCCAGGAGAUCCUCAGCCGCUGCACCACCAUCACCCGCAGGGCGGCGCAGAGCCCCUCCAGGACCCGCAUCCCCCUCAGCCUCAUACCCCAGUCCCGCUAGGCCUCCACCUCGCCCCAGACUCCUUACAGUAGACACUCGCCAACGAAAACCUUCACCGGCGGAGCAAGAGUGACGGUGAAAACAAUGGUCGCCGGGCCUUUGGUGGUUGCAACACCGACCUUUUUAGGUCGAAAGUGCAGUUUGUGGAGCAAGGGUGUUUGCAGAGUUUGCGGCUUGCAUUGUCUUGGACUGCGUGCGGACAUGUUGUUAAUGCAGUGGGGUUGGCAUGACGUCAGUGUGACGACAGUGCUUGCCUGGAAUGCCUUGUAGCGGGGUGGUAAAAUACAACAUCCAGUACAUUUCUUAGUAAAACUAUUUUAUCAAGACUGGAUGUGUAUAUAUAUAUAUAUAUAUAUUACACAAGACAAUUGUAAUUAUCUUCACUUAUUCACCUUCCUUAAUGUAUUCCUACAUAAGUCAUGUUAUAUACGUUUCAUCAUAUAGCAGUAUGGUUUGCCAUGUUUAAUUGUAAAAAUCUGUAAAAUGGAAUCUAAAAUUCUAAAUUCUUCAUAUGUUUUCAGCAUAUUUAAUUUAGGGUUUGUUUUUCUCACAGCAUUUUAAAAUGUCUUUGUAUGGGUGAAAUUCUAAUUUUUUUAAUAUAAGAUUUAUCCAUAUGGGUAUACACAUAUAUCCAUUCAAAGAUUUUAUGUAUAUACAUUUUGGUAUACUAAAUGGCUAUUGUCAGUGUUGACUGUGAGGUGAAUGCAAGAACUAUUUAGAUUUUUCCACAGUGGAAAAACUGUACAGUAUGUGCGUUGUACAGAUAUGGGCUAUGCUGGAGUGUGGAGGGACAGUUUCAUGCUUGUUAUCUUUUCUAACAAUAUACUACUGAAGCUACUGUAAAUAAAGAAUUAUUU